AUGAGUCCCUUUUGGAUCGUCUACGAUAAGGCGUGUCACCUGUCGAUUGAGAUAGAGCACAAGGCAUAUUGGGCAGUUAAGCAAUGCAACAUGGACUUUACACAAGCGGGUAUUGUAAGAAAGCUACAACUAAAAGAACUAGAAUGCCUUAGGAUCGAAGCAUAUGAAAAUACAAGGAUCUAUAUUCAUAAGAAGGACUUUCAAGAAGGUGAUGAGGUUCUCCUCUACAAUUCAAGACUUCGUCUCAUGCCAGGCAAGCUUUGUUCAAGAUGGGAUGGUCCUUAUAAGGUUAAAGAAGUGAAGCCCUUUGGCGUAGUGGAGCUUCUUCACCCUCAAAGUGGGACUACUUUCAAGGUGAAUAGUCAUCGAGUGAAGAGAUACCAUGGAUACAAGUCACAGAAGGAAUUAGAGGUGUUCCUCUUAGAGGAUCCACCUAGCGCUAGAAACUGA